UGAUUACAAUCCAAUGAAAGACUGGCAUUUCCAGAAUCACAAAGAAUAAAGAAAAAUGCAAUUUCCCAUUCUCAAUCCACUUUCCAUUCUGCUUUUCUUUACUUCAGUGGUUUCCUCUCUCAAUUCCGAUGGUCUCACUCUUCUAUCACUCAAAACAGCCGUAGAAUCCGACCCAACUCACUUCCUUGAUAAAUGGCACGAGUCUGACUCAACCCCAUGCUACUGGCCUGGAAUCGCCUGCACUCUCAAUCGAGUCACCUCAAUUUUCCUUCCUAGUAAAAGGUUAACUGGUUACAUCCCAUCCGAACUCGGUCUCCUCCGCUCGCUAACUCGCCUGAGUCUCUUUCAAAACAACUUCUCUAAGUCCAUUCCUUGUACUCUCUUCAACGCUACAAGCCUUGCCUAUAUUGACCUUUCGCAUAACUCAUUCUCUGGUUCAGUUCCUCCACAAAUAAAGUCCCUUAAACACUUGGCCCACCUCGACCUUUCCUCCAACUCACUCAGCGGGUCUCUCCCAGAGUCACUCGUUGAGCUUCAAAGCUUGACAGGGACCCUGAACUUGUCUUACAAUAAGUUCUCCGAUGAAAUUCCGGCUUCUUAUGGUGAGUUUCCAUUUAGGCUGAGCUUGGAUCUGAGGCACAAUAAUUUAACUGGGAAAGUGCCUCAAAUUGGUUCUUUGUUAAACCAAGGCCCCACCGCGUUUUCAGGAAACCCAAAUCUCUGUGGGUUCCCGUUGGAAAAUAUUUGCCCUGAAGCUCAAAACCCCAGAGCUGUUUUAAACACCGAAGAAAAACCAAAACACCCAAAGGGUCUUAGCCCCAUUUUUUAUGAUGGUAAUGGAGAGAGACGCAAGGAGAAAAAUGGGUCGGCAGCUGUUCCUUUGAUCUCAAGCGUUUCAGUGGUAAUCGGAGCGGCUUUGGUAUUUGUGUGGCUGUUUCGGAGAAAAUGGAAGACCGGGGAGGGUAAAACGGAGAAAAAGAGAGAGGCGGAGGACGCUGACGAGGAAGGGCAAAAGGGUAAAUUCGUGGUUGUUGAUGAAGGGUUUAAUUUGGAAUUAGAAGAUUUGUUGAGAGCAACUGCCUACGUAUUGGGGAAGAGUAGGAGCGGGAUAGUGUAUAAAGUGGUGGCUUGUCGGGGAGCCGGCACGGCGGGGACAACGGUUGUUGCGGUGAGGAGGUUGAGUGAGGGUGAAGCAGCGUGGAAGUUGAAGGAAUUCGAGGUUGAAGUAGAGGCUAUCGGGAAGCUUAGUCAUCCAAAUAUUGUUAGGUUAAUAGCUUAUUACUAUACCGAUGAUGAGAAGUUGCUAGUCACUGAUUUCAUCCGUAAUGGAAACUUGUUUACUGCAUUACAUGGACCAUCCAAUAAUUUGCCACCACUUUCUUGGGCUUCAAGGUUGAGAAUUGUUCAGGGGAUUGCAAGGGGCCUAAUGUACAUACAUGAAUACAGCCCUAGAAAAUAUGUUCAUGGAAACUUAAAAUCAACAAAAAUCCUUCUUGACAAUGAGCUUCAGCCGUACAUCUCUGGGUUUGGACUCACUCGCCUUGUCUCUGGGACUUCGAGCUAUUUUAGUUCAAUAACCAAAAGGCUGAACUCAACUCAAACCAUUGCAACCUCUUCAGUGGGGUCAAGACUUUCAAGUCCUAAUUCUUAUUAUCUGGCACCCGAAGCUCGAGGAUCUGGUAGCAAGUUCACUCAGAAAUGUGAUGUGUACUCCUUUGGAAUUGUGGUAUUGGAGAUUUUAACUGGUCGGGUGCCUGCUUCUGGACCAGAAAAUGAUGAGAAGGGACUGAUAGGUCAUGUUAGGAAAGCAUUCCGGGAGGAUCGUCCACUGUCUGAAAUCCUAGACCCAACACUUCUAACAGAAGUUCAUGCAAAGAAGCCAGUGCUUGCUGCAUUUCACAUUGCACUCAAUUGCACAGAACUGGACCCGGAGUUGCGCCCUAGGAUGAGAACUGUAUCGGAAAUUCUCAACGGCAUCGAUAUCAAUUUGCGAUGAAAAUAUUUGUCUGCUGAAACAACUUUUGGUUUAUGGAAUCCUAGGAUGCAGGUUCAGUUAGAUUAUUUGUUGUACCAAAUGCAAUUUUAUUAGAAUUGUUUUGAUUUGUCAAAAUUCAAAUGCUGAUCAAAGAAGGAUGUCCACUGUAUAUGCCAAACUAUUAGAAGAUACUUGAGAAGUCAGAAUAUUGGAACUUGAUUUAGUGCUUCUAUUAGGAUGAAGAAACAAGCCAUCGGUAUGAAAAGGCCCUCAUUGAUAUUGCUUGGAACAAUUAGGGCUGUUUAGAUUGAGAAUCUGAUUGCUUGGAAUGGAUAAUGGAAUGCAUUAUUCUA